CUGAAAUAAUAUUUUCAUCCAAACUCCAGACAUACAUUUGAGGGUUUUAGGUCGGCCCUUAAAAGAAGUAUUACUAGAAAAAAAACAAUUAAAUGACAGGCAAGUGUUCUACAAAUUGUCAAAACUUCAUUUUGAGAGAUGUUUCCUAAAUAUUUGGGGCCAAGCCCCCGGCUGGCUUCAUGGCCAUCCGCCAUUGAUUAUAGUAUCAAUGCUCGUAAUUUUUUGUACUCUUUCUUUCGUGGUGUCGGUCUUUGGUGGGUAAACCACUGCAUCACGCAAAAGAUAUAAAUAUUUUAUUGAUGAUAAGGCUUAGUUAAACUUGCAUCUUGUACUUCCGCCCAUUCCUCAACUCCAGAAGUCAAUUAUUGUUAAGAAAAUAGUAACAUAAGAGUCGGAAAUGGGAGGAAAUCAAGUUCGGAGGAAGAAACCCAGAGUUUUAUGCCUCCAUGGAUUCAGAACAAGCGGUGAAAUCCUGAAGAAAAUGAUGGCAAAGUGGCCUCAUUCCGUGCUCAACAACUUCGAUUUCGAUUUUCUCGACGCUCCCUUUCAUGCUAGAGGAAAAUCCGACGUUGAAUCCCUUUAUGAUCCUCCUUAUUAUGAAUGGUAUCAAGUCAACGAGAUGGAGUGUGUUCAUUUCGAUGAAUGUAUUGCAUACAUAGAAGAUUAUAUGAUUAAACAUGGUCCCUUUGAUGGUCUACUGGGUUUUUCCCAGGGUGGAAUGCUAGCAUCUGUGGUGCCUCCAAUGCAAAGAGAGGGUGCCGCUUUUACUAGUGUGCCAAAGAUAAAGUUCGUGAUCAUAAUAUCCGGUUUUGAACUUCGAGAAUUGAAGUCUGGGCCUCCUAAAUUGCUUGCUAAUGUUUAUUCAGUUCCAAUUGACUGCCCAUCUCUUCAUUUGAUUGGAGACAAGGAUUUCCUGAAGGAACGGGGGUUCAUGCUACUGAGAUCAUUUGUGAAUCCCUUACAUAUUCAUCACUCAAUGGGACACACGGUGCCAAAACUCGAUGAGAAAGGCUCGGAGACUAUGCUUAAGUUCAUUGAGAAAAUCAAGGAAAUGUUUCCACAAGAAUUAGAGACUGGCUUAGGACUAAAGUCCGCAUUAUAGGUUGGUUUUCUGGCCCAUAUCAGGGGAGAAAAUAACAUGGGAAUUGUUAAAUUUUAUGAACAGACACCGUUGUCCUUGAUACAAAUUGAUCAUCACUUGAAUCGAUUAUCAUAGAUUCAGGAAGCUAAAAUAUUUGUUCAA